UGAUUGCCGCCCGGAAGCAUUAGGGAAGGAAGACAUCGAAUGACUUCGAUAGAGAGAGAGAGAACGCUUCGCUUGCUUUGGUUGAAGUUGAAGUGCUGUGCUGGGGAAGGGAACGAUGUCGUUUUGCUCUUCCCUGUCAUCGCAGGCGCAGCCCUUCUCCCUUCUCUCGGAUGUCAAGUUCUCAAUCUCGAAUGGCGGUCGCAGCAGCAGAAAGCCCUCGAGGUUCUCUUCUGCAAGCGCAAGGCCUCGAUUCGUCGCCUCUGCUGAUGUCCCCGAUUUUCUCUCUGCGGACUGGCUCGAGUCCCGGAAGAAAAGACCUUUUGGCCCAAGGCUGAACUUUACUGCAAAGGAAGCUGUGCAACACCAGCUUGAUUCGUUGAAGUACAAUGACCAGCCUCGACAAGAUUAUGGUAUCGAAGUUAUGUAUAGGUUUGCUGGGUUUGAUCCUUUUGAGAGGUCAACUUACUUUGGACCCUUCUUUGAUCUGGGGCAGUUUGAAAGGUUUAGGAGGAUUUUUCACCAUUCGACAUACAGAGUUUUACUCGGCCACAAGGACAGGAAAAUCUUGAGCAGCCUGUUUGUAAAGGAGAAUCGAUAUAAGCAGCGGGUAUGGGUACGAGGAGCUCGGCCGGAGGAGGAAGAAAUAUUUGAAUUUACAUUGGGUCAGAGAGUUGGUGGAUCUUGGGAUGGCUACUGGCUCACCGAAUCUCUGCUGCAUGAUGGGGAUGCUUUUUCUGGGGGUUUAGCUUACUAAUGAUCAUGCUUUCCAUCAGUUAGCAAUUUCACGAGGGUUGAUGUUAACGACCAAGGGGCUUGCAUGAUCUCGGCCUCGAAUGGUUGUGUAUAGACAUACAGAUACGUACACGUAGACAUACUAGGAAAUGAUGUAUACUGCUAUUAGUAAAAUACAUUUUGUACAUAGAGAUACUGAUUGGUGCAUAUAUUUCUUAGGCCCCUUCACUAUGUUUGAUGAGCGGAGUGGUUUCCUUUGUUUCCUUUCUAGAGUGAUAUAUGGCAAGAGUAUUUAUACAAAGGGAAGUUUUAAAUUUUAA